AUGGCCAAGGAUCCUGAAAGGGCUUUCUUUAAAAGGUUGGAAGGUCUUCAACCUUGUGAAGUCUCGGAAGGGGAUAACUUUUUUAAGACUGCUAGCUAUACAAUUGAGGUAGUAUGUGAAAAAUCAUAUGAAGAUACCACCCAGAAACUUAACGACAUCGAGGCUCAGAUUUCAAGAAAGAGGAAUGAGCUACGCCAAUUUGAAGCAAAAUAUAGAAAUGUUACUAUUUGCUUUACUCAAUCGUGGCUUAUGGUUUAUCAGGCAUUGGCUCGCUACCAGAAAGUGACAGAGAGAUAUGUAAAAGAAAAACAAUCUAUAACGUCAUCAUGGGUUGGCUACAAAAUAUAUCUGAAGAAGGAUAAGAGGAGGAACAAGAAGGCAAAGUUUUCUUGUGAGGAAAGCAGUGAUGAUGAAGAAGAAGAAGCAGCAGCAGAAAUAGCAAGUGAAGUGAAUUUUGCAGAUGAGAUAAGUGGAAUUAACACAGGACCUCCUUCACCAACUUCAUCUAAUGAAUCCUCUGUUACGAGUUAA